AGAGCCCUGAGAGCGCCCGGCACCGCGGCCGCCGACGCAGCAGCCGCCUCCGCUCGUCAGUCCCGAGGCGCGCGGGCUCCCGGGCGGCCCCGGCGGGCGCGGCGAAAGGGCGCGCGAGGCGGCGCGGGGCGGGCCGCAAGCGCCCCCGGCCGCCCCCCGUCCGCGCGCAGACCGGCCCAGCGGAGCCCCGGCGCGGGGAAGCGCCGGCCGGGCGAGGGCGAGGGCGAUGCCGCGGUGACGGCCCCGCCAUGGCGAAGCCCGCGGCGACGGCGGCGGCGGCGUCGGAGGAGCUGAGCCAGGUGCCGGACGAGGAGCUGCUGCGCUGGAGCAAGGAGGAGCUGGCGCGGCGGCUGCGGCGCGCCGAGGGCGAGAAGGUGGGCCUCAUGCUGGAGCACGGCGGCCUGAUGCGCGACGUGAACCGGCGGCUGCAGCAGCACCUGCUGGAGAUCCGCGGCCUCAAGGACGUGAACCAGCGGCUGCAGGACGACAACCAGGAGCUGCGCGAGCUCUGCUGCUUCCUCGACGACGACCGGCAGAAGGGGCGCAAGCUGGCGCGCGAGUGGCAGCGCUUCGGGCGCCACGCGGCCGGCGCCGUGUGGCACGAGGUGGCCCGCUCGCAGCAGAAGCUGCGCGAGCUCGAGGCGCGCCAGGAGGCCCUGCUGCGCGAGAACCUGGAGCUCAAGGAGCUGGUGCUGCUGCUGGACGAGGAGCGCGCGGCACUGGCGGCGACGGGGGGCGCAGGCGGCGGCGGCGGCGGAGGGGGCGGCGCCGGCUCCCGCAGCUCCAUCGACAGCCAGGCCAGCCUGAGCGGGCCGCUGGCGGGUGGCGCGCCCGGCGCGGGGGCCCGCGAUGUGGGCGACGGCAGCAGUACGUCCAGCGCGGGCAGCGGCGGCAGCCCCGACCACCACCACCACGUCCCACCCCCGCUGCUGCCCCCCGGGCCGCACAAGGCCCCCGACGGCAAGGCAGGAGCCACACGUCGGUCCCUGGACGACUUGUCGGCGCCGCCGCACCACCGCAGCAUCCCCAACGGCCUGCACGAUCCCUCAUCCACCUACAUCAGGCAACUGGAGAGCAAAGUGAGGCUGCUGGAGGGUGACAAGCUCCUCGCACAGCAGGCAGGCUCCGGAGAGUUCCGCACGCUGCGGAAAGGCUUCUCGCCCUACCACUCGGAGUCCCAGCUUGCGUCCCUGCCGCCCUCCUGCCAGGACUCCCUGCAGAACGGCCUGGCCUGCCCCGCACCUGAGCUGCCCUCGCCCCCCUCUGCUGGCUACAGCCCUGCAGGACAGAAGCCCGAGGCUGUUGUGCACGCCAUGAAGGUCCUGGAGGUACACGAGAAUCUGGACCGGCAGCUCCAAGACAGCUGUGAGGAGGACCUGAGUGAGAAGGAGAAGGCCAUCGUUCGCGAGAUGUGCAACGUGGUCUGGAGAAAGCUGGGAGAUGCAGCCAGCUCCAAGCCCUCCAUACGGCAGCACCUGUCUGGGAACCAGUUCAAGGGGCCUUUGUAGGGCCGCUCUUCUGUGGACGUGGACUGGCCCUGCUGGGGGUCCCCAGGGGGAGUUUCAGGCCCAGACACGGGCAGGACCUCCAGCCCAGCCCCCGUCUUCUUCCUCUGUGGUGAACUGUACAUAGGACGCUGCCCGCGCUGGCCCAGCUGCCAUGGAUCCGAUGCACUGGCCCAAGCCGCCAUCUCCCGCCUCACACACCAGCAACCCGGGAAGACGAGAUGCUGCGACCGUUCCUGCAGCAGAGCGGCCCGGACGCCUCGUUCCCUCUCUGCGCCCUGGGCCCUGGGCUCCGUGAGCAAGAGGCUGCAGGCUGCUUCUGAGAUCCAGCCUGGGGACUGUCCAGGGUCCUGUGUCCUGCCUGGGAUGGAGGGGCCACUCAUCAAACCCUCUACUCCCUGGCUGCCACCCACACUGGACAGAGACCACCACUACCUGGGUCUUGACGCAGGUGGCACCACUUCUUGCCCACAUGCCGUGGCCUGGCCCCAGGCCCACCAAGCACUGGGUCCCCGGCAUGUGGAAUAGGCCACUCACCAUGUCUGUGGCUGGCUGGAGGCUGCCCUGGGCCCUUCCUGUGACCCUCAGCCUUGGAGCUUAGGGUGCCCUCACACCUGGGGAUCCGUGCUCAGCCACCCGACGCCCGCUGCUCCUUGCUUUUGGAGGUCAUCCCCCUCCCCCACAGUCUCUGCAAUGUCCCCCUGCCACCCUGUCCAGGCUGUGCCCUUUUUGGGCUCCUCUGCCCCAUGCCUGAGGCACGUCCCUUUUUGUGGUUUACAUGACAGGCCAGUAACAUAGGAAGGGCCUGGGGAGAGUUCCUGGGCUGAGCCACACGUGAUUUUCCUGAUGGGCUGCACUGGGCCACCGCUGGGGCUCUGGUUGGCUGUGACCUCCCCCAGGGCCUGGCUGCAUCUUGGGUCCCUGUGGACAGAGCUCUCCGGGCUGCAGAUGAGAGUUCUGUCCUUUUUGGGAAGGAGCGGGUCUGGCCAGGUUCUGCCUUUAGUUUGUGGUGUGACCUUUAGCAGUUCACUCAGCCUCUCUGGGCUCUUGGUGGAAACAGGUCUCUGAGGUUCCUUUUCGGCCAUGCUUAUGGCUCCAGGUCAUCCAGCGCCACAGGGCAGGGGUCCUCACUGAGGGGGCGUGAGCCAACAGCCGACAGCUGAGGGCGGGCCGGGUGGAGCUGAGUUCUGCUGCCUUGCUGUCGCUGCGGGUGGACAGUUGCCUCCCCACUCUGAGCCCGUGUCCUCAGUUGUAAAAUGGGCAGCAUAAGGUCCUCCUCACAGGAUUCUGGGGAUGAAGUGAGAUCUUCAGUGUAAAUGACCAUGUAUAAACUGUAAAGUGCAAUAGAAAAUUGUGUGUGUGAGGAAAAUAAGGCCUAGAGGGGGUGAUGUGUGGCACAUGACGGGAGAUCCCACAGCCGCAGCGUGGGGACAGGCGGCUUCCCCACAUCCGCUCAUGCCACUCUAAGCAGCCCUGGCUCUUGAGUCCAGGACCUCACCAGGUCCUCAUCAGACUCCUGUGCUCUUGCAGGGGGUGCUAGAGCCCCAUCUGAAGAGCCCAGAGAGGCUGUCUUCCUACCCAGCAGGUCUCACGCAGGCCCAAGGCUGGGGAUGCAGGCAAGAGGAGGGAGAUGGCGGCCCUGGCCCUCUCCCUAGCUGGUGGCUCUAUUCUGAGCAGUUCUUGCUGCCCGUUUGCUCUCAGGGGAAAGGCUCACGCCCCCCAUCUUAGCCCCAGGGGGGUAAGUGGGUGCUGGUGAUGGGAUGGUGUGGCGCUCCUGUCGUGGGUGUCGCCAGGAGGCUCUUUGGGAAGGAGUGUUGCCUGGUCAGAUGGUGCGCUCUCGGUCACUAGGGGUGUACACGUGAAGUUGGGUGAACACCUGCUGCUCAUGGUACCCAGUGAUUCUUGCCCGAGUGGGCAGCUGAGCAGAGGCCCUUCUGGGUCUUGGAAUCCAAAGAACCGCAGAGUAGCCCAAGGGGUGUGGGUCCAUUUUGAGUGGCAGCCAAGUCUGGGAGCCCGUGUGCGUCAUGUUUGGGUCAGGUUGGCUUGGCCACCACUGAAAUAAGCAAUAAGUACGGGCUCCUGGUACCUGUGGAUCUCCCGCAAACAGGCGCAGAGAACAGCCUUGAAGCCACCUUUCCCCUCAAGGGGACUGACCCUGUCUUUAAUGCUGCAGUGGCCGCGUCCAGGGAUCAGUGGAACGUUGCUUUGAGAACCUUCCUGCCUGUUACGGAGGCAGCACAAAGCUGGUGCCCCCUGAGCCAACGGCACUGGGAUGGCUUUCUAGGACAGAACCCUGUCAGUGACAGUCACAUCUCAAACUAAUAGCUGAUUUUAAAAGCCAGCAGCAGCGACGCCAUGUACCUGAGUACAGGUGGCAGUUGCAGAGCCGUGGGCUGUAGAGGGUCAGAUGGGGCUUCCCACAGGGGAAAUCUGGGUGCUGCAGCUCAGGGUGACUCCCAGCUCUGUCACUAGCAGGGCGACCCUUUCCUUCUGGAGCCUUAGCUCUGAAAGCCCCCAGUGGGGGUGCCCUUUCAGAUGCCCCUUUCCGUUUCAAAGGCUCUGAUUCUUGAUCUUGAAGCUGGACGCGGCACUGGCACUCGGCUUCAGUUUCCACUGUGACAGGCGGAGGUCUCCUUUAGCCCCAGCCCAGGCGGCCAAGCCCAUCCUGGCCUCAGAACAUGCUGAGCACAUUUUGUAGGGUGGCACCUUUUUAUCCAAGUUACUAGCUACACAUCAGUGUUUAAAGAGAAAAAAGUGACCUUUCAUUUUUUUUUUCUUGGAACUUGAGGAAACAAGAUACAUACUACUGAUUUUUUUUUCUUUUCUUAAAACUAAAUGCAUGACUGCAGAGCGGUAGAGGUGUAUAUUUUUCAUACUGUGGGGGAAAGUAUUUGUGCUGCUUUUUGGAGAUGGACUGGAAUGUCUGGUUUCUGUCCCUGGGCCCGGCAGCUACGUCUAUUUUCUGUAGAAGGUGCCACAGUGAGACCCGGAGCCACCCCUUCCUGCCCUGGCGCCGUUUAGAGCUGGGAGCCUGUGGACUCCCGGCCUGUUUCUACCUUCUAUCCAACCACUCUGUCGUGGGGAGACAAGAAGAAAUAGAACUUUUUGAUAGUGUGGUAAAAACAUUGAUUUGAACUAUUUUAGUAAAAGGAGUAACAAACAAGACUGUGAUAGUGUCUACUUUGAGCUAGAUAAAUAAAGGCCUCUUUGUGAGCCUCCUGCCUGGGUGCUCAGUGCUUGUUUCUGUCAUGGGUGGCAGGGUCAGCAGGCAGAGACAGGGCCAAGGCCCCUCAAACACACACUGCAGAUGGGGGCUCAGUCGGGGCCCCUUCCACAGACAGAGCCCUGGUCCCUCAAGGUGGAUAGUGAGGCUGCUGCUCCUCCAGCUGCCUCUGUCUCAUCACAGGCCAGAAGUGGAAAGGGUUUCAAACCCAAGCCCCGUGUUCCUGUGUGUGUUCUAUGCAGCAAGGCUUAAAAGUUUCAAACUGGUUUGGAACUCAACCAGGUCCUCCAAAGGAAACCAAGGCAGGCACAGGAUGGGGGCAGGCUGGCUUGGCAGGCAGCUGUGCCGAUCCACCCAGAGUGCCUUGGGAGGCAGUGGGGUUGGCUCUGGCUGCUGUUAGCUGCAGCCAGGCCUCUCCUGCGUCCCCAGGGUCUGGAAGGAGGGCUUCUGCAAAUUUUAUAAGCCAGCGACUGCGAAGGCCUGGAGCCCCACCUUCCACCCAUAACAAAGAAAGGGAUAGUUUCAGAACUGCUUUUAUUUGGAUAACUGACUGAAGGAGUCUCAUUUGUAACCAAGAUGGAAUUCACAGUAUGUUGUUACAUUCACACUUAAAAAAUAUAUCUCUAUGUACAGGAAUUUGCAAAUAGAUGUAAACAUACAUUACUUUCCAAGUACAUUUCUCCCCUUCUCCCUGUAGGAAAAAAAAAAAAGCCAUCCAACGAGGCAACCCCUUCAAAAUAAUUUUAAUACAAAGGAUGCAAACAUCUA